AGUACUGGUGUACACAAGUACACUACAUCAGCGCCAGUCUUACCCCUCCGUUGUGCGUAUGUGCGUUCUACUGGCGUCACUGUAAUUUUAAUUCGGGUUUCGGUUGUUGUUAUUCCUCUCGAUAAAAUUAAUAAUAAUAAAAAUAAUCUAAUUAUAAUAUAUAAAUAGCGUUAAUAUUGUUUUUUUUUUUUUUUUUAUCAACGGUUUAAGCGUAUUGCCUUUUUUUACUCGUCGCUAAAAAGUGCGUCUGUGGCUUGUGCCGGAAACUUGGCUUGUACGCGCCCAACGAUGUUGUUUUGUUAUCCCUUGCAAUGUUAUUUUAAUAACAUAAAAAUUAUAUUAUCACGAUCGUGAUAAUUUCCUUAAGUUUAAAUUUUUAUUAUCGUCGUGUGAAUAUAUUACGAGUGCCUCUUACACGUACGGGUAAUAAUUUUAUUUAAAGCGUAUUAUGUAUUUCUAACGAUGCGUUACGUGCUUUAUUGUGGAGUCCGUUUGGAAAUCUGAUGGGUACUUGGGCAGCUGUAACUUAAACGAAAUCCACGACAAUUGGUCAAAAAUUUUGAUGAGUGUCAAAAGUCAUGCAGAAAAUCAAAGGGAUAUGUUUGGAACAUCCGUCAUGCGUCGGUCAUACUCUACCACAUCAACUGUGCAGUGAUGGUAGCUGCGGUAGCAUAUUCGGACAAGGAAAAGCCUCCAUGAAUAAUCUGAUAAAUGCCUCGCUCUGCCUUUACACACUUUAUGUCGGUCAUCUGAUACGGCAUGACGACCGAGUCAACCGACCAGCCACUGCAAUCUGCUGGGCCCUUGUUCACAGACCCAAACGCCCGAUAUCGGUGCGAGUCUAAUGAUCCAUCUUGUAGUCAUGGCGUCGUCGCUCGACCGGCGACUGCCGUUAACAUGAACCAAGUGCCGAAAGGUUACUGUUACUCGACCGAUAAUAAUCAAAUUGUUAACAGUGAGUGUGAUAAAAAUUAUCACUGUCCUAAUUCAACUGCAGUUGUCACAUUGACAAAUAACAUUGUUUCAACCCCAGCAGCUUUUGUAUCUUCAAUUACUGUACCAGCAGGAUGGAGACGAAUUCAUAAUAAAGGAGUUAUAAAUUAUAUAAGUCCUAGCAACGCAGUUCUAAAUUCAUUGGAUCAAGCUAAAAUAUAUUUGCAAACUCAGGGUACAUGUAAAUGUGGACUUGAAUGCCCUUUUCAGUGUGAACACGUUUUUAAUUUCGACGCAAAGGUAAUGACGAAACCUACGUCUGGCCUCAAUACUAUGACUAAUCUUUGCAAUCACAAAAGGAAAAUGAUGUUUAACAAUUCCGAAAAUAGAUUUAGCAAAUAUUCCUUAGAAAUGGCAGAAAAUCGAAGGAAACGAAAAUUUUCUGGUGUUCAACAACAAUAUUCAUUUCCACCUUAUGAAUGUGAAAAAUCUGGAAAAGAAAACUUUUCUCAAGUUUCAAAUUCUCAUCAAAUGCAAUGGCCAAAUCAAUCUGCUAUUCCUAGUCAAAUAAGGUUUUCAUCCCAUGGAACAUCUGCAAUGUCAAAUCCUCAAUCCCCUCAACCUAUGUUAAACACUCAAGGACCAGAAAUAAUGCCUCAAGGUAUGCAGCAUAUGGUACCAAAUUCUCAAACACCGCCAAUACUAAACCAAAGUUCAUCUGUGAUGUCAAAUUCCCAAGGACCAAUUAUGCCUAACUCUCAAAGUGCAAUGAUGUCAAAUCUUCAAGGACCUGUGAUGCCCAAUUCUCAAGAAACAGUAAUGCCUAAUCCUCAAGGAACAAUGAUACCAAAUACUCAAUCCCAAUCUAUGGGUUUGGGAAAUCCAAGAGUUCCUCACUACCCAAAUCAUUCAUACCAACAAGACUUAGGAUAUGAACAAUCAUAUCGAAAUGGUUAUAGGUAUAACUCCUCUCAAUGUAGAUCUCAUGAAACAACUAUGUUACAACCGGACUCUUCAUGUCAGCCACAUCACCAACAAUACCAAAAUGAUAUGACAUCACAAGAAUAUUAUCAAAAAAAUACUCAUAGUAUGUACCAACCAGAACAUAUGCAAUAUAACAACUAUGAUAGUCUAAGAACUCAAGGGAAUUGUCGCUUCAAUUGUUCUAAUCAUUGUGGACACUAUUGUAAUUCAGGUGAUCAAAAUCCUACUUAUGGUAACCAAAUUAACUCAUAUCAACAGCAACCACAGUCACAGCCUUUACGACAGAAUGAAUCUACAAGUCAUGAAUAUUAUCCAGAAAUGUAUCAAGAUCAAAAUAAUUAUACAGAAUCUUAUACAAACAAUAGAAACAAUUCAACACAAGAAUAUCCAUCAGAAUAUGAAUAUGAACCACAAUCUCAUCAGCACAUAGAUUGUAAUUUAAAAAAUAAUGUUUGUACUGCAAUUAAUAACCAAAGUCCUGUUGAGGUUUCACAGAUAAGACCACAAACUCCACAGGUUAAACAAGUACAACAAUUAAAUACACAAAAUAUACAACAAUCAAUUACAAAUCCAUUAAGGCCUCAACAUAGGUCAACACCUCCUUGGCAGCUUAAUAAACAUCAACAAUCAUCACAUCAACAAGUACAGCAACAACAAAUACAACAACAUCAAGUUAUUCAACAACAAAUACAGCAACAACAAAUACAACAACAACAAAUACAGCAACAACAAAUACAACAACAAAUACAACAACAACAAAUACAACAACAACAAAUACAACAACAAAUAUCCCAACAAGAAAGUUCUAAACAAAUAGUUGAAGAUCGAGUACCUCCUAUACAUCAUCAUAUUCCCCAAAUUUCCAGAGUAGAAGAAAAAACUAGAAAGCCACUUAAACAAUCUACUAAAACUGUUAAUUUUGGUAGAAAAUCUAAGUCCCCUUCUGAAGAAGACAGUUACCCAUCAUUUUUAGAUGAUCCAAGCGGCUAUUUAGCACAACAAACAGCUCUACUGAAUAAUACAAUAAGUACAAAUUCAUUUUCACCAUUAUCUCCUCCUGCAAGACCAUACAGACAAGAAAAACCUAGAUAUACAACAAAUGUUACUACUAUGGCUAGUGGUCGAACAGCUAGUUCAAAUACAAUUACUUCAGUUUUAGCAGGCAGAACCAAUACAUCUGUGGUAACUGUGAAUACAUCUGAAGAUCAAGUAUUACCACCUAGUCAACAACAACCCGCCAUGUCCAAAACACCACUAGAAAUGGUCCAAAGUGUUGUAAGUAGCAUACAAGUACCUACGUCUUCAGAAAAAUCUAGUAUUCAACCAAGCCAUAUAUUAUUAACAAGUAAUGGACAAUUUAUAAUGGCAUCAACUAAAAUACAAUCACCUAACACUUCUCAAGUUCUUUCAACAGUGCAACAACAACCUACUGUUCUUGUAAAUACUUUACAAGGAGGUCAAAGUACUUUACUACUUCAGCCAGGAAAUGUUAUGACAGUUGAUCAAGUACAGGUACCGCAACUUGCUGUAGCUACAGGAAAUAUGGAUAAUAGUGGAGCAUUUUCACCUAGAGGAUCAAACUUAUUAUCUCCCCCAGAUUCUAAACGUAAAACUAUUAAUUCUAAAAAGCGAAAAUCACCACAAAUAUCUCCUAAUCAGAACAAUUCUAGUGUAUUGUUACAACCUCAACAACAAAAUUAUAAUCAGCCUGUUGUUCAAACAUUAAUACUACCAAAUAAAACCAAUCAAUAUGGUAACCAACAACUUAUAACAAAUGUGAUACAACCUGUUAGUCUUGUUCAUAAUCUUCCAGCUAUUCAACAAUUCAUUGUACCAGCAAAUUUAGGUGGUGUUGUAAUGGCUGACAAUUCUUUAUUACAAGAUGCAGUCCAAUUAAAUGUUAUAACUCCAUUUUCUAAUACAGGUCAAAAUAUAUUACCUACAGGAAUGGUUUUAAGGACCCCUCAAACUCAACCAAGAUCACAACAAAGUAAUCAGUUUAUUGUGAAUAGUGUUGGCCAAUUGAGCCCUAUUUUAGCCAACUUAAGCCCUAAUCAAUCACAAAACCAGAAUAGAAAUCAACAGCAAAAUGAUUACAUACAUGUGGUACCGUGUUCUAUUCAACAAAAUCAAGAAAAUACUACUGUAGUUCAACAAAACACAACCAUUGUUCAACAGCAGAUGACCAUGGUAUCUGGGCAACAAAGCAACGAGCAAGGAAAUUUAAUAAUAAAUGAGAAACCAAGUCAAAAUUAUAUUAUUGCCGAUAAUAAACAACAAGGUUUUAUUCUGAGCCCUAAAGAUAAGCAACAGUCAGGUGGUACACAUUUUAUUUUAAAUAAUAUGAAUUCUGAGAAGCAAACCCAAAGUUUUAUUAUAACUAGUCCAACUUCUGGCGAUAAACAGCUUUGUGGAAACUUUAUUCUUGAGAAAACCAAUUCAUCAGGAAAUUUCAUUAUCACUACAACAAAUUCUGAUAAAAAUUCAAAAUUUGCUAAACACUCUGUGUCUACACAAACUGCUGCAGGACAACAAAUGUUACAGAUUUCAUCUACACCUGCUCUAAUUGUAGCUACAAACCGUAAUGCUUAUGUAGGUAGUCCACCUGAUACAACAACUUUAAGUCCUGUGAGUGGACAAAGUCCUUCAGCUAAACCAGAAAUGCCAUCAAGUUCUGUAACAGCUGAUUUAGACGCUGCAUUAUCACCAUCGUCAACAUUAUCUGAUAUGCAAAAUAGGCAACCAAUGGUACAUUGUAUUUCAAGUAGCAAUGUAGUGGAUUGGUCUGAUAAUUCAGCAGACGAAAGGAAGACUAUAUCCAAUGCUUCUGACUCACCAAACAUGUAUUCCAUUGAACAUUCAUUUCCUAGAUGAUACAAUAUCAUAAACAAAUAUUUGGUACAUAUAAAUCCAACUACAAGGUAAUGAUGCACAUCUUGGCCAUCAAAACAAGUUCCUAUUAAAAAAAAUAAAAAUAUAAUGACAAUAUUGUGUUGUUUAUGAGAAAAUACAAUUUGUAAUUUUAAAAG